AUAGUCCGAUCAGGAGUAGAUUUCCCAGAGUUUUUGUUCGUUUCCAAAACACUUUCGAUGAACAUCAUCUCCGUUCGUCUUUACCCUCCAUAUAUACUUACUUCCCUCCAGAGUUAUCAUCAUUCUUCUCCUCUACCAUGCCUACUAGCUCUGCCUCCUGUGAGUCCUCUCCCUCUCCCUGGCCCCUUUACAUAGUUAAUUCUUCUCCGCGCUUCUCCGACUCCAAUUCCUCCAUGCAUCGCCAGCCAUUGGAACCCUGCCACCCCGACCCUAACCCUAACCUUGACAUCCAGAAGCCGUUUUCUAUUUCGCGGUCGUCUGAUCCGCAGACGCUGGUUCACCUGUCGUUCUUCAUGGACCAUAGGUUCUUCGCGGCUGGUACGAGCCACGGGUUCAGAGUCUUCAGCUGCGACCCUUUCCGCGAGCUCUUCAGCCGUGAAUUCAAGGACGGCGGCUUCGCCGCUGUCCAGAUGCACUUACGAAGCAGCAUCCUGGCCCUUGUAGGCGGUGGGCCCCACUCCAAGUUUCCUCUCCACAAGGUCAUUUUCUGGGACGAGCGACAGUCCUACUGGGCCUCUGAGAUCUCUUUCCGCUCCGAAGUCCGCUCCAUCCGCCUCCGCUAUGACCGUAUCGUCGUCGUUUUGGAGCAUAAGAUCUACGUGUAUACUUUCAAUCACUUAAGGUUGGUCCACCAAUUGGAGACCAUCGCAAACCCUGAGGGCCUCUGCGCGGUCUCACAGUUGGACGGGUCGUUAGUCCUUGCCUGCAUCGGGUUGCGCAAUGGCCAGGUUAGGGUCGAGCACUACGCGGCCAAGAGGACCAAGUUCAUCAUGGCGCAUGACUCCAAAAUCGCGUGCUUGGAGCUCAGCCAGGAUGGGCUGUUUCUCGCGACGGCGAGCAGUAAGGGGACUCUUGUCCGGAUUUUCAGUACCCUCGAUGCAACACUACUUCAAGAGGUAAGGAGAGGCACAGAUCAAGCAGAUAUCUACAGUUUGGCAUUUUCUUCAACUGCCCAGUGGUUAGCAGUCACAAGUGACAAGGGAACUGUGCAUGUUUUCAAUCUUAAAGUCAAUCCAGGAUUGGAAGGAGGUGACGAACCACAAAAUGCAUCUGAUGCGGAUGUUGCUGUUACAAAAUUAAGCUCACCUCUCUCUUUCAUUCAAGGCAAAAACUUUCUUCCCUCCUUGAUAUACUUGUGCUGUUGGUAUAUUUAA